CAGCUCUGUGUCCAGGUCCCAUAAUGCCACAGAACAAUGAAAGGCCAGCGAAGAUCUGUGCUCAGCAAAAGAGGCUGCUUGCCAGCCUUCUCAGAGAAUUGGGCAGCCGGGUUCGAGGGCCUUAAGAAGUUCUGCCUUUUACACGCCAAGCAGGAGACCCGAAGCACCUGGCACAGGCUGUACCGGUCCCUCCAGCGACGGAGGAAGGCUCUUCAGCUCCAGAGAAAGCGGGCCCAGAAAACGGUCCUGGCUGCUAAGGCCCACGCCACCCUGGCUUCUCCGCAUAGCCAUCCGGUCCCUGGCACCGUGAAAAGAAAAGGCACCGUGAGCCCCCACAUCCGAGGGCACCUUGUUGGAAGCCUGCCAGCAUCUGUUGAGAGCUCCGCCCAGGAAUGCCAGCCAGAGGAAGAGCUCCGGAAGGCAGCAGCUGGCUUGCCAGUAGGCAGUGUGUUAGGUCAGGCCAAUGGGUGCAGGCAGAGGACUGACCAUCAGGAUUCUGGUGGGCUUAGGAUAGCCAGUGGGGAGGGCCAAGUGGAGAGCAGCCCCACCUUAGUCACCUUGAGGAACCAUAAGGGAAAUGGUUGUUACUGUAGCUGCUACCAGGGGCUGGACCCAAACAGAAUGGAGCCGGAGCAGCCGUCCCUAAUCCCGGGAAGGCCUCAGCUCAGCCAGCGUCGGGGGAAAAGAAUAUCACUGCUUCGGGUGUAUAAGAAACUGUCCAUGAUUAGGUUUCGGUACCGGAUCCUAAGAUCCCCACGGUUUAAAUCAAGGAGCAGAACCUGUAAGCUUCGGAAAGGCCAGCAGCGGAGCUGGGUGCAGAAGGUCACCAGAGACCAUCAGGAGAAGCGCCUGGAAGGCUGCGAGGGGGGUACUUGUAGCUCAUUCCCUCACUCAGGACCUAACAGCCCCUCUCACCUCCCUCAGGCUUCCUUCCCAGAUAUGGACUGCAGCACUCCAGGGCCCACCGCAAAGAGAAAGAACUCGAGUACACCCAGUGGCCCGGCCAGAGAAAACCCUGGGUCAGGCCCAGAGCCUUGUCGGGGGGAGACCCUCUCCAGCCAGCAGAAUGGCAAUGUUGCCGAUGGUUGGGACCCAUCCCACUUCACCGGACUGACCAGUGAGAUCCUCUCGCCGGAGCAACACUCCAAGGACCUUUUCAUAUCAGAAACUGAACCGGAAACCAUAACUGUGGGGCAGGAUGAUCAGGCAAGGGACAUUGGGGAUGACAAGCUAAAGCUGCCCCUGCCUGACCAGGCAGCAAGUGGUAACGAGGCCCCGGGGGAGGAGCCUGCGUCCACAAAGACUGUGCAGGCUGUGGGGAGCCCCUGCCACAUGGAGGCUGAGGCUCCCCGCCCCCGGAACAUCUUUAGUGCCAAGUUACUGGACCAUCCAUACUGUAAAAACCCCCUGGAGGCCCCCUCCCAGCAAACCAGACUCAAAGGGGGCCGGCAAGUAGCAGGUGGAAAGAGUGGUCAGAAAGUGUCGCCUGUGAAGGAUGAAGAGCUGUCCUCCUGCCUCUGUGGAUUCCUGGAUGAGGUGAUGAAGAAAUAUGGCAGCUUGGUCCCCCUUUGUGAAAAAGACGUUCUCGGGAGGCUGAAGGAGGUGUUUAAUGAAGACUUUUCCAAUAGAAAGCCAUUUAUCAAUCGGGAAAUUACAAACUAUCGGGCCAGGCAUCCCAAAUCUUCCAGUUGCAACUUCCGGGUGUUCUACAACAGGCACAUGCUGGACAUGGAUGACCUGGCAACGCUGGAUGGUCAGAACUGGCUGAAUGACCAGGUAAUCAAUAUGUAUGGUGAGCUGAUAAUGGACGCUGUUCCAGACAAGGUUCACUUCUUCAACAGCUUUUUCCAUAGACAGCUGGUAACCAAAGGAUACAAUGGAGUAAAAAGAUGGACUAAAAAGGUGGAUUUGUUCAAAAAGAGCCUUCUCUUGAUUCCAAUUCACCUGGAGGUCCAUUGGUCUCUCAUUACUGUGACCCUCUCAAAUCGAAUUAUUUCCUUUUAUGACUCCCAAGGCAUUCAUUUUAAGUUUUGUGUAGAGAAUAUAAGAAAGUAUUUGCUGACUGAAGCAAGAGAAAAAAAUCGACCUGAAUUUCUUCAGGGUUGGCAGACGGCUGUUACGAAGUGCAUUCCACAACAGAAAAAUGACAGUGACUGUGGAGUCUUUGUGCUCCAGUACUGCAAGUGCCUGGCCUUUGAGCGGCCCUUCCAGUUCUCCCAAGAAGACAUGCCUCGUGUUCGGAGAAGGAUUUACAAGGAGCUGUGCGAGCGCCGGCUCUUGGACUGACUUGGGGCAGCCGCCAUGGCCGGCCAGGCCCAGCUGAAGGAGGCCACCAUGUUCCCCAGACUUCUGACCGCUUCCUCAUACUCCCAGAUGUCUCUGACCAGUGGCAUCCCACCACUCGGCUUACCUCAACUUGGUUUUUCUCCCUGACUUGUUUCUUCAGCUACCAUGUAAUAUUUCUCAAUGUCCAGUUUUGUUCCUUUCUAAUUUUGUGGAUUUCUUUCUUGUAUUUAAUAUUUAUUAUACGAGCGCAUGCACAUAGACCAAGCAUGCAGUACAGAAUAUUAAAAACAAAAACAAACGAACUCGUAGAUUGGGUGCACCUUUUAAACGUAGCUAGAAUGAAUUGAACCCAGAUGUAAUAGAUAGGCUCAGAACCUAAAGAUGCAGGAUCUGUUUUCAAAUUCAGUCCAGUUGAGACCAUUCAGCUCCCAGGAGCUCCUACAGGAGAAAGGCCAGGAGCGUUUCUGACGUAUCCUGAGCAAAGACCCUGGUUUUACAGGUACCCUGAGGCCCCUCCCUUGGGAAGGAUGGAAUGGAAACCCUAGGAAGGAGGUGGAAGUAAGCCCACUCAUGAGGCUUCCUUAACAUAGCUGAGACCUUGUGUUAAACCAAGCCAAAUGUGGGGAGCUUUUGUUUCUGGAGAGUUUGUUACUUACUGUAUGUGCCCUUGCCCCGUCAGUGAUAAAAACCAGGCUUCAGACACUGGAAUGGCACAGACGAUGGGCUGGAUAGCUCUGCUUUUUCAUGCUGCACUGGAAGUGAGUGUCGUUGCCAACUAAUGCCCAAGGACACAGGGGCAGUAUUUUGAAAGUGAGAAGUGUUUAAAUCAAGAAAAAUUGUGAUCAGAGAUUGUGCUUAAAUGGCCAAGACUUGGUUGGGCAGGAGUCUCCUGUGGCAACUGAAUUGAUUCCCUGGUCAUUUUUUUUCUCUGUCUCUUUUUUUGUAUCAUUUGAAAAGCAGAACUAUCUGUGAUAAGCCCAGUCAGGUGGGGAUUCUUGGCCAGUUAGUCCUUUCUGAGUGCCCUUUGCCUUACAUUCGUUUCCGUAAAGAUGAAGACAGUGAACGAAGAUCACUGUAUAUCUGCACUUCAGAAGCAUCAUGAUACUUGUUUAUGCUUCGACAUAAAUUCACUCUUGUUUUUUUAAAGACAGGAUCUCCUGGUAAGUGUCUAGUAGUUGAACUGCAGGAUUUUUGCUUUUCGUAUUAAAACCCUCUGAUGGCCUUGAGAGGACCUGGCCGGGGUGGGGGAGGGGUAUGGAGCACCUCAUUUGGGUUUUCCUUUCUGUUCUUUGGCCCUGUUCAGGCAUGCCAAGGCAGAUGGGCCCUCUUAGGCAGCAGGCAGCUCCUUCUGGGCUCUCUCCUUCAUUCCCCCACUGCCCUGUUAGGUGACCCCUUCCCUCCCAACUCUCCCCUUCCUCGGUCUGACUCCCUCUGCCUCAGCAUUCUUGGGGAUGUCAAGUACAAAGAGAAAUGAACCCAUCGUUGGAUGUGGAGAAAAGCAGAUCUUGCAUCUUUAAUCUGGCUCUUUGUAACGUGUCUUUACAUGGAAAGGGAAAAUAAUUAGGUGCAUGUUAAACCUAUUGAGUUGUCUGUCUGUUUUGAAAGGUUAAAACAAAUCCAGUGUGUACAUAGAGACCUAGAAGCUUGUAUAUGUAAAUUCCAGAUUAUACUUGAAUUCAUACCCCAGGUGUGUGUUGGGUGUUGAAAAUGAACAAAAUAAUAGUUUAACAUCCCUACAAGGUGCACCUGAAGGGGCCUGCCAGCUGCAGAGGGGGCAGGGGGAAGCCAGAACUGGUCUUUCCUGACAGCUUAGACCCAUGGCUGUCAUGGACCAAGGGCAUUUGUCCCAAGCACUGUCUCCCCAGUGUUUUACACUGGAAAUUGUUCCGUCCCCAAUCGGGUCUUGUCCCAGGAAAGUUCCCACGUCAGCAGAGUGUGGGGCAUGGGCCAGGUAGGGAGAGCCUCGUGGGUACUGCCAGGCUGUGAGGAGGGUCAGCACCAGGAAAAGAAGGAAAUUUUAUCAGUCACUGUAACAAAUUGUGUUGAAUACUUGGUUUGCCUUCCCUAGCCACCCCUGUGUGUUUGCCCCCUACCCUCGUAUCUAUUUAUAGCUUUUCAGGACUCGAAGAUUUUCUAUGUGAGAGGUUUUGCUCUCAUACCCCAAGCGUCUUUGUUGGCUAAACCAAAGCAUAACCAUUCGACAGUCCAGAAGGCCUUUUUUACCCUCAAACUCAGAGCUCUCCAAAAGCCUCCUCCAUAGCUCGAGCCUUGAGAAGGACAACAUAAAGAGCCAUUUUGGCAUGAUUAGAGCAGAUGCCAAGCUGUUCUUGGCUCCUUACAUGUGAAAUGCCCAACACACUGUUCACAAGGUGUGCAUCUAGGAAAAACAAACUUGAAGACCCCACUGACAAUAGAAUCUACCAGGACAGAUUACUUUUUCCUAUCAACUAACUAGGGCACACGCCACCAAAGAUUUCAGAUUGCGAUGUUAAGUAGAGCAAGGACGUUUGGGCAGAGUGUUAGGUACUCAAAUGGCUGUUAAGGAGGUCUCUGUUUGCCUGGUUGUUCAGCCCUUGCCAUCGCUUAGAUUCUCUGCCUCUUCCCUACCGGCUUUCAUGGGUGUAUUGACUCACUAGGUCAGUGACCUAGAUUAGAACAGUGUCCUUCAUCCUCCUGAUGUGUGAGCAGUCCUUGUUCCCUCCCAGCAAGAACAUUCUGAAAUAGACUCCCAGCUCUGAAGGAUGCAAGCGAGAGCUGUCGGAUCACUGUGAACCUGGCCCUGAAAUGCCUUCCAAUACUCUCCUGCUUGGGUCGAUCUAUGUUAAUGCAGGCUUUGUGUUGUGAGAAUUGCAGCACUUGGUGCACACUGAGAACAACCAGGCCAACCCUUGACUUACCAUGUGCUCCUCUGGCUGCAGUGAUUUUUUUCCCCAGAGUUUGCCUUCUGAUAGAUCUACAGGAAAGAAUGUGAAACUCAACCAAUCCUAGUUCAGUGUUUCUUACAUAAACUCUAUACAGUCAACUCUUGUUUAACCCCAUGGAGAGGGUACAUUGGUGAAGAGUCCCCAAAACAUUUCCUGUUGACUUUGUCAUGUUUCUUCUCCUUAUUUUAAGUAGGAGAGUCUGGGGUCCUUGAAUCAGCACACUAGAACCAAGAUGAUAAAAGCCAUAGGUGGACACCUGAUUCAGGGGGGAGCCAGACAUUUGGCUUGCUCUUUGUUGCUAGACUAGCAACAGUACAAAGCUUGGUUGUCCUUUCAGAACAGUGGUUCAGGCCUUCACCUGUCAUCCUGCUGGACCGCUUGUCCGGGGAGGGAACAAAAAGGAGACUUCCCAUUGUGCUUACUGCUUCAUUCUGAGAAUCUCAAAGCAAGAUGGGCACUGGUACCAUAGGCGAAGAUAGGGGUGAAUUGACAGUGGAUGAGGAAGAGGGAAAGAAGGCCCUCAGGGGAGGAAGCUGCUUCACCGAGACUAGACAAUUGGAAAGGUCCAUUUGCUGGCACUUGGUCUUCAGAGAAAAGGAUUUUACCCAGUGAAUCAGACAAAACUAUACAUACUGUAGAUAAAGGCUGUGAUGAUGUAAAAUUCUAAUAUCAAACAUGGUAAGAAGUGAAAUGUUGGGGUGGGGGGAAACACUAAAAUAUUUUUUGAGAAAUAAACUGACUUUAUAAAUAUGUGUC